AAAAGCAUGGCGGCCACCUGUAUUAGGGGUGUAAUCUCAACGGAGGCAGUAGGUACAUUUCUAGUGUAGAAUGGGCUGAGACACUGAGCACUACGUUAAAAGUGUUUCAGCCUAGCAUGAGCUACAGAGCGACUGUCUGCGCUGUUGAGAGAGAGAAAACUCGUGUGUGAGUAAGAUUUUGAUUGGAGGGUUUUUCAAUAGUUCGCCAUGGCCGAUGAUGUGUUACAAGCGAUCGUCAUUGACAGUGGAUCUGGAACGACUAAGGCUGGAUUUGCUGGAGAUGACCCCCCACGGGCAGUGAUUCCGUCUAUAGUGGGAAGGCCCAGGGGACAGGGGCAAAAGAGCGUCUAUGUUGGGGAUGAGGCCAUAAGUAAAGCAAGUGCUCUUGCUUUGAAAUUCCCGAUUGAACAUAGUUACAUAUCCAACUGGGACGAUAUAGAGAAGAUCUGGCAGCACAUCUUCACUAAAGAGCUGCACGCUACCCCUGAAAAGCACCCGGUCCUUCUCACAGAGCCACCCAGAAAUCCUAAGGCCAACAGAGAAAAGAUGAUGCAAAUCAUGUUUGAGAGGUUUGGCACCCCGGCUACAUACAUUGUCACGGGGGCCGUUUUGUCGUUGUAUGCUUCUGGACGUACAACAGGUAUCGUGCUGGACUCAGGAGACGGUACCACCCACGCCGUCCCUAUUUACGAAGGACACGCUCUCCCCUAUGGUAUUACGCACAUUGAUCUUGCUGGUAGGGAACUGAACGGAUUUAUUCGAAAAUUCCUCACUGACCGCGGUUUUAUUCUUUCGUCAGCCGAAGAAAGAAACAUAAUCAGGGACAUCAAGGAAAAGCUCUGCUACGUAGCUUUGGAUUUCAAACAGGAAAUGGCCACGGCUUCUAGCUCGUCAUCUUUGGAGAAGAGUUACAAACUUCCCGACGGUCAAGUCAUCACCAUUGGCAACGAGAGGUUCCGGUGUCCAGAAGCCCUAUUCCAGCCAUCCUUCCUCGGUAUGGAGACGGCCGGCAUUCAUGAAACCACCUACAAUUCCAUCAUGAAAUGCGACGUGGACUUGCGUAAAAGAUUGUUCGCUAAUGUGGUCUUGUCUGGUGGCACAACGACGUUUCCCGGUAUUGCUGAUCGGUUGGAGAAAGAAAUCACCUCUUUGGCUCCGACAGGCAUGCGCGUCAAAAUAAACACCCCGCUCGAAAGGAGAUGUUCCGCCUGGUACGGUGGAUCCAUGCUUGCUUCUAUGCCAACUUUCAUGCAGAUGUGCGUCAGGAAAGACACUUACGAUGAAAUUGGUCCUAGCAUUGUCCACAGGAUGUGCUAUUAAAUGUUCACAAUCCUCUUGUUCGAAUCGUAUUGAACUGUUGGGAUUCAACCCAUUGCUUAUAUACAGUUGGUUAAAGCUUGUUGUAUAGGUCUGACAUUAUAAUUGUUUCAAUAUUUAAUCAUUAAACAGGACACCAAAGUGCUUACGUUCUGAGGUCUUCAGAUAACAUCGCCCAGGUUUCAUGCUCUAUAUGUCAAGCAACCACAAGGGGUUGAGCAAACAUCUUUGUUAAUUAAUCAUGCAUACCAAAAGAUUUUGAGGAGUGAGUCAACCAAUUCUCGAAAGGGGCUUAGCAAACAUCUUUGUCAGUCGACCUCCUAAACCAAACGAUUUUGAUGAGUCAACCAAUCACUUCUAGAAAGGGGCUGAGCAAACAUCUUUGUCAGCCAAUCACCCAUACCAAACGAUUUUGAUGAGUCAACUAACCACUUCUAGAAAGAGGCUGAGCAAACAUCUUUCUUAGUCAAUCUCCAAUGCCAAGUGAUUUUGAUGAAUAAACCAAUCACUUCUAGAAAAAUACAGAGCAAAUAUCUUUGUCAUCCAAUCACCCAUACUAAACGAUUUUGAUGAGUCAACCAACCACUUAUAGAAUGAGACUGAGCACAUAUCUUUGUCAAUGAAUCAACCACACCAAACGACUUUAAUGAGUCAACCAACCACUUGUAGAAAGACACAGAGCAAACAUCUUUAUUAAUUAAUCAACCAUACCAAACGAUUUUUAUGAGUCAACCAACCACUUUAAGGAAGAGGAAGAAACAUUUCUCAUAACUGACUGCUUUGAUCAGAUCAGCACCAUCUUUUUGAUUGACCGCAAAAUUCCAGGGGCUGUAUGCACGAAAAAAACCCGACGAUUUAGACUUACAUUUACACCGUCAGCCUACCAACUCCGGGUAUUCCAAUGUGAAGGGAAAACUCUGGCAUCGGAAAACGACGUUCAUGUGGAACUAAUUUUAACCCAAAGUCUGCUGUAAAGUUUCACAUUUAUUGACGAUAUUUACCACCUAUUGCAUAGACGGUCUGCGAAAAAUAACACAUAAUGACAGUCAACUGCACUGAGAGGCUUCGGUUUUGAAGAAAUUUAUUUUGUGACCUUAUUUUUAUUUGUAGAUAUAUAGCGUGAUAUAUUCCUUUACAAAAAUGUAUAUAUUACUUUCAUGAGACAUGUGGGCCAGUGAGCAUACAGUGCGCAGUAAAUUUACAUUAGGUCUUAUGUAUAUAGUGGGGGGCCACCUUGGUUAGCGCGCUAGCGCAGCGUAAUGACCCAGAAAUCUCUCACCAAUGCGGUCGCUGUGAGUUCAAGUCCAGCUCAUGCUGGCUUCCUCUCCGAGCGUACGUGGGAAUGUCUGCCAGCAACCUGCGGAUGGUCGUGUGUUUCCCCCGGGCUCUGCCCUGUUUCCACCCACCAUAAUGCUGGCGGCCGUCGUAUAAGUGAAAUAUUCUUGAGUACGGCGUAAAACAUUAAUCAAAUAAAUAGAUAAAUAAAUUAUGUAUAUUGUGUAAAUGUAUAGUUCUGCUAAUGAUUGCAAAAUGAACAGAAAACUAGAACGGAUGUAUUUAGCGAAUGACUCCCCUAUGAUGAUGGCAAACUGUUCGAAUGUUCAAAUUUCAAGUCUGGGUAAGUCUUCAGUUAUACGCUAUGCUCAUGUAUUGUUUGUUAUAUAAGGACCUCAAAUACAUGUACGAUACCCUAAUUCCUCUAAAGUUUGGGACAGAUAUUAGUAGUGUUGAAAGUAGAAU